AUGGAACAAUCGCUGAGCCCAGUGCCCGGGUGGGAUAGUUUGUCUUCAGCCGACACCGUGUCCCUCUGCACAGCCCUCAGUCUAGUCUCCCGCUCGGCCUCCUCCAGGAACAGAGCGAUCCACGACAUGAGUAACGAGGAUGUAGAAGCAGUGGUCAGAGGGAGCCACGGGCGCCUCAUUUGGAGCCAGAGUCCCGGUGAGUGGGUCCCCGGGGCCCGGGCGCCGCGGCCGGUGAUGAGCUGUGCGUCCCGCGGUCAGGAUCUCUAUUGUGGACUCUGA